GAACAAUACCAUAAAAUCUGGAAUGGCUCAAGACAGAGGAUCGCCGAUUCUUUGCACAGGAAAGUGCAUGGCAGGCGAAAUAGAGGCCCUAAAGCGUGAGAGGGACGCACAACAACGAGAAAUUGAUGAACUCCGAGACCAGUGUAGGGAUACUUGGGCCCUGAAAUCUCAUGCCGAUAAAGUCACAGAAGAGAGGGACGCUCUCAUAGUAGAAGCAGAACUCAAUGCCCAGAUUGCACGGAAUUUGAAGAGGGAGAGGGACGCUCUGAGGCAUGAAACAGAGGAGCUCAAGGCCCAAUGUGAACACAUUGGUGAACUGAAAGAUCAGUUGCACAUUUUAAUGCAAAAAUGCCGCAAGAUGACAGAUGAAAGAGACGCUUGGAUAUCGAAAGCCCAAAGUAUGGAAGCGAAUGGAGAUGUGUUAAAGAGGGAGAGAAACGCCCUAAAACUCGAAACAAGGAAGCUCCGAGCCCAGGGUGAGAAAGCUGCACUUUUGGAAGAAGAAUUAAAGGAUGUAAAAGUGCAGCUUGCCUUCAUCGCGAAAGAGAGAGACUCUUUCCAGCAGAGGUACCGACGCUCAGAAAAGGACUCUAAAUCCAUGAAUAAGAUUAUAGAGGGCCUGAAACUUGAAGCAGAAGAGCUCCGUAAAAAGAACGAGAGUAAUGCUCUUCUGGAAAAGCAAUUAACCGCUGCAAGACGCCAGUGCGAUGCUGCAACAAAAGAGAGAAACGCUUUCAUUUUAAAGGCCCAGCAAGUAACCCAGACUAAAGGGACCCUACAGAUGAAAAUUGAUGCUCUCAAAGUCGAAGUCGAAGAUCUUCGAUCAAAAAAUAACGAAAGACAGUUACAGCAAGACGAACUGAGCGCUCUAAGACGGCUUUGCGACGACAUGGAAAGAGACAGAGACUUCUACAAAUUAGAAGCCAGACGGGCAGCAAAGACUAGGGUCGCCCAGACCAAAGUCAUAGACGCCCUGAAAUUGAAAGUAGAGGAUCUCCACGUCCAGUGCAAAAAGAGUUCGCUACUGGAAGAGCAAUUAAGCGUCGCAGAGCAGCAGUGGGACAAGAUGAGGAAAGAGAGGAACGCUUUCAUACUGAGGGCCCAAAAAGCAGAACGCAGUAGGGCGAACAUACAGAUGGAGAGGGAUGCUCUCAAACUCGAAGUAAAAAAUCUUAGAUCCAAGAUUAACGAUGUACAUGAAAACGUUACUAAACGUUACAAGUGAAGAAUGCGACAACAUCGUAAAACGAGAGAUUCUUCAAUUCUCGAAGUCCACCAGAUGGGAAUGGAUAUAGAGCCCACAGAGGACUCCGACGAAACUGCCCUACUGGAAGAGCAAUUAAAAGUUCUAAGAGAAGAUUACGACAAAAGCGCGAAAAACUUUCUUCAAUUCUCCAAGUCCAACAGAUGGGAACGGAUAUAGAGCCCACAGAGGACUUGGACGAUUCUGCUCUACUGGAAGAGCAAUUCAACGUCUUAAGAGAAGUCUACGACAACAUCACAAAAGAGAUUCUUCAGUUCUUGAAGUCCAACAUAAAAAUUUGCGUACUCUUUUUAAUACUGGAGUCCAAAGUACGGCAGCGGAUACAGAGGCCGUAGAAGGAAUAGGGUCGCCCUGGAGAUUAUCAUUAUUUUGAACAUUUUAUAUGGAUUAUAUAAGUCAUUUAAUUUGAAUUGUUAAUUUGUAUUGCUCCUUAUGCAUUGUAAUGCUUUUUCUAAUAUAGUACAUCCUCUGAUUGUAUAUGACUGAAACAUGUGAAGGUUUUCUUAAAAUGUAAUAGAUAUAAUGAAAUAAAAUUCAAUUACUUGAG